AGGCGAUUGCUCGGGACUACAUAUAUAGUAAAACAGAACAUGUGUUUUGCGUGAUCUCACAGCGUGUACCUAAUGUGUGUCUGGAGGGGGGGAGUGUCGAGCCGAGCCAGAAUUUUGUGAAGUAGCCUGUCCUUGCUGGAAUUUGAGACAGACUUUGUCUAACGGUGAAUAUGGUGCGGGGUAAAUGCAGCACGAGACUUAUCAUUCCCAUUUUCCUCCUCUGUUCAGGCCCGUUGGCAUUUGGACUUGUGGUGGAAGGAACAGAAGGCCAAACCAUUACUUUGCCAUGUAGCUACAAAGUCAGAAGCCCCAGUGAUAUCACUACGAUGUGCUGGGGACGUGGCAGCUGCCCCAACUCAAAAUGCAACCAACGUCUUAUCGAGACAGAUGGACGUAAAGUGACAGUUAGUUCAUCAAACCUCUACCAGCUAAGGGGGGACAUUGCCAAUGGUCAAGUUUCUCUAACAAUUGUCAAUGCAAGACUGGAGGACCAAGGAACGUACUGUUGUCGUAUAGAGCAUGCUGGUUGGUUCAAUGACGACAAACUCAACAUCCAGCUGAAAGUGUACAAAGCCCCUCCAACUACUCGCCCAACAAUCAAACCAACGACUCGACCAACAACCAAACCAGCAACUCGACCAAAAGCAGAACCAACAACUCGACCAACAACCAAACCAGCGACUCGACCAAAAGCAGGACCAACAACUCGACCAACAACCAAACCAGCAACUCAACCAAAAGCAGGACCAACAACUCGACCAACAACCAAACCAGCAACUCAACCAAAAGCAGGACCAACAACUCGACCAACAACCAAACCAGCAACUCAACCAAAAGCAGGACCAACAACUCGGCCAACAACCAUGCAAAGCAUACCAAGCACAACCCGAGCUACUCCUUUCUCUUCAAUACCAAUUACAGAUAUUGGCUACACAGAGCAACACCUGGGUAAUCUGACAACAGAAAUUUGGAAGCCAAACGAUGGGAGAGAACCAGCUAGCUCCGACAUUCCUUUUGAGAUGACUUCUGCUCAAUCUUCAGUCCUUACUGCAUCGUAUUCAGUUUAUUCCCCAGCUCUGUCAUCAAGAAACGUCACUGCUCAGAAGGCAACGGGUUCUGCUACCACACCGUACGUGUUGAUCACGAUAAUCAGUGCGUCAAUAAUUGUGUUAUUGAUUCUGUCUCUGCUGGUGCUGAAACUGAGAGGGAAAGAGAGAGGACGCUACCUUCUGCACAUGGACCCCAGUUUAGAGCUGGUCGCCCAUGGUGAAGACCAGACCAACGAGAAGAAAUUUAGCUUUGCUGGCGCCGAGAACACAGACGCAAACAAAAUAAUGGUGGAUGAAGAUGACCGUAAUGCGUUAGCCUCCAAGAAAGCAGAGUGGGAAGGCAUAACAGGACCCAGUGAAUCCGAGGCAGAAAUAAAAGAUUCAAAUGGGGACCUGAAACCCAGUAAAUAAUAUGUUAAAACAUAAAAAAAACAACUAGAACGUGAUAAAGACGUCUAGAAUGAGGAACUGGAUCUGGUACUUUUGCAACUUCCUCAUGAAACACACAUUGUGAAGCUGUAUAUAUGGUUUGAUUAUGCUUCGGAUGAUUGAAUUAUUAGUCAGUGACUACUUUUAUUUCGACCAAACACUGCCUUGAUACAUUAUACGUGCAACUGACCGUUCUAGGUUAUCAUAUGAUCUCUGGAUGCGACAUUCUGCUCACAGACGUCGCCGUGAUGAUUGCUUUAUGAUAUGUUUGUUUAAAUAUGUACUGAUCCAUCUGAAGAGGGGAAUGGGAUCUGCAAGUAAUUGCGAUACAAUAAAGGAGAUGGUCUGGGUCAGGGAAAGCUGUCUGGGGCCCCAUGGUCUAUUACAGGUUUUAGACACAAAUAAAGGUCUUGGGUCAGAGAAAAUGGGUCUACAACAAAGGAUACACCCUUAUACAAAGAGAAGUUGACAAAAUCGCAUCUAGGGUGAGAUAUGACAGAGUGGGGUCUAGGAGAAGACAGUCUGCCCACGGAAUAGGGCAACUCUUUGCUGAUAGACCCCUGUAUAUACAUCACACAUACAUUUUUCCUGACCCAGAUUUCCCGUAUUCAUAAAGACCCUGUAUAGAUUACUCAUGCAAAUAGCACUAAUGGAAUCUAUACCCAAACUAGCUGCUAUAUCCUAGCGAUAAGACCAGCAGCAGAAGGCAUUUACACCUUGGACAACUUGGCCAAACAUGUUCUUCGCAUUUUGCUAUGAAAUAACAUUUGGUUCCUGUGAAAUAGAUACAUAUAGACCAUGGCGGAAAGAGCUAUUUCUGUCUAGAUCCGUCACCGCUGAAGCUUUUGUCACCCCCGGAAAUGUUGACACUUUAUUUUGCGGUACAGAAACAAGGCAUCAAUAGCUGAUUUUUUUUCUUUGAAUUAUUCACACAAAGAAUAUGUCAGUUAUAUCUCAACGGUGUCAACCCAAGAGAUGACAUUUUUUUUUUCUUAUCCAACUCAAUAGAGAAAACCUACCACUAAUUGGUAAAUGUAUUUAUGUUGAAAUUGCUAUAAAAUAAAAUGACAAAUUAAUUUUCGAGAAA